AUGUCUGCUCCCCGCGAAUUUGACUUUGCCGGUAUGACCACGGUGGAAUUGAAGGAGUUGAUAGCCGCGGUGAGGAUAGUGGAGGAGAGAAAGGCCGCAGAGGCAGCAGAGCAGGCCAAGAGGGCGGAGGAGGCAAGAAUUGCUGUGGCGGUGGAGAGGGCAAGGUUAGCGGAGGAAGCACGCAAGGCGGCGGAGGCGCGGAGAUUGGGGGUCUCGGAGGCUGCUCCUCCAGUGGUCAUGUGCCAGCAGUGUGAGGCCACCAGCCAGGCAUGUACAUGGGCGCUGGUGCAGGAGGCCCAGGCGAAAUCCAAAAGCAGAGGCAGGGCCAAGGCAAAGGCCUGUGACCAGUGCGCGGGCCUAAAGGCCUCUUGUAAAGUCGACGGGGAUGAUUCGCAACCGGCCGUACUGGCAAAGAGUCGGAAAAGGACAUGGGAACGGGCAGCGGAGUCCAGUGAAAGGAUGGAGGAAGAUGUGGGUAGGCCUUCCCGGAGGAGGAGGGUGUAUGGGGAGGAGGAGUCCAUUAUGGAGGUCGAUGACCAGGAGUGGGUCAAGGCCGCUAACAACAUGGUCCUGGUGCAGGCGGAGACGAACACGAAGCUGGGGGCCCUUGCGACAGCCAUCACCCAUCUCGCCGAACAGCUGGAACUACAACGGGUGGAGCAGAAGGAGGAGAGGAACGAGGUCCGAGCGGAAAUCCGGGAGAUCCUCCGCGUGACCAGAAUCGCACUGGAGAGGGGCUUUUUGGGUCGGGGAAAGAAACGGGAGGUUCUUGGGAAAAGGGGAGAGAUUGGGACGGGAGCGGUGGAGGUGACCGAGCUUACUACCAGCUCUUCUGGCAGUGAUGCAGAGAAGCCGGAUGAAGAAUCGGAGAGUGAAGCAGAGAAGGGGCUGGAUGGAGAAGAGACAGGGGCUCAGCUGGAGCCGGGAACAGAGCCGGAGGAAGAGGUGGAGAUGGAGGCCUAA